AUGGUUCGACAGAUUCUCCAAGAGCCCGGAGAGAGUCAGCGCUGGUUUGUGUGUAAUGCUUUCGUCCAUCCAUCCUCCGACCAAACGGAUCAGCCGAUCGGACCGCUGGUGGUCCAUGCCGUCUUGGUCAUGAGUAGGCCGAUCGAUGCCCCGCCCGCAUCCUCGCAACGAUCCGAGCCCGUCGGCAAUCGCAUUGCGCCGCCCGCUGCAAACGGUCACUCUGCGCCCCUCUCCUCCUCGGUCCGCUUUCAUCCCGACCUGCACACCAAUGACCCUAACGUGUUCAGAGAUAGCUUUGAGUCUAAUCAGGCCGACCGUUAUGCCGACACCAGCAACGGCCUCGAAGAAGAUAGCUCCGAGGGUGACGACGCUUAUCAGCGUUACUCCAGCUCCAACACUGACAAUGCUCGAAGGACAAGCUCAUCCUUUGGCAUGGCCCCCCCUGCCCAUGGCUUUCCUUCUUCCUCUGCCUACAACUACAGAGCUAUGAUCAGCAGGCACGGCCACGGCUUUCCUGACAGAGCAGAAUCCGUUCGAAACAUCUCGGUUCUCGCCAACUUGGUCGACUACCGUUCCAACUACUACGAGGACCACCGCGUCAGCGAAGAAGAAAUCAAGCAUCGCACCAAGCAUUUCAAAUGGUCCAAAGCUUCGGCAGUUUGCGACUACUAUGAACGUCUCAACGAGACUCUCGACGGCUGGAGGGAAGUAGACGAGAUCCUCGACUCGCGCUUUCCCGACGAGGUCAUGCGACGCUUUACGGAACAAAGUGAUGAGCACGCAAAAAAGCAUCACAAGUCCAAAUCGACCAGGAAGCCAAAGCGCAAGAACAGGGAUCGCACCGCCCAGAACGGCCGCAAGACGCCCGUAGAGAGCGACGGCAACGUCUCCGACGAAGAGGAGACCGAGGAAGAAGAGGAAAGGGGCAGACGCAAAAGCUCCCUUAAGCGCAGCUUUAGUGCGAAAGCCAUCGAUGCCUUCAGCGGUCUAUGGUUCGGCGCUUCAGGGAGUCCGAGUGCUUCAAGCAGAGACGACCUGGAACGUGGUAGACCAUCCCACCCCCAUCGUCACGACAGCCGCCCGUUCAAGGGCAAAGCCUUCGAUUUGGCCUCAGCCACGGAGGAGGACGAGGACGCAUCAGAUCAGAUCGGCGACUCUGCUCGGCCUCUGUCGAGCUCUCCUUCGGCGAACAACCCCGCCCGACCGUCAUCGAGUCGUCGUGACUACGGCGCGACCUCGGCAUCCAGCGCUGGUCAGCUUUAUGACAAACUUCGGCGUGAGGGACGCAUCGAGCAGAUUCGUCGCUCAGAGUCUCAGCUCGCCUUAUCCUCUGGUGCCAAUUCCCCGGCGUUAGCAAGUGGUGCGCAGACUCCUGCCGAGGACGUCUCGUCAUCCGCCUCCAAGGCCAACACGAUCCGUCCCAGCCAAAUCGAGAACAUCCCAGAACAUGAAGCGCACGACAUCUCGAACAUGACCGCGAGUCAGAUUCAAGGCACCAAGGUGGUCCACUCUUCACGCGAUAAAGGCAGCCUGGACCGUGACUACAGCCGUGAGCGCCACCAUCGUCCCUACGCGUCGCAGGAGGAAGAGAGGCUGGCGCUGCUCAGCACUGUUCCCAACCGUGCCAAGGAGGAGGAGCUUUCUCGCUCUGUCCAGUUCGCCAUCAACAUCAAUCUUAUCGUCAACAUCCUUCUGCUGGCUGGUAAAGGCUUUGCGGUCCUUUCGUCCAACUCGGUGUCGCUCAUCGCCUCUCUCGUCGACAGCGCCCUUGAUCUCUUGUCCACCAUCAUCAUCUUUGCCACCUCCAAAGCCAUCGCCUACCGGUCGUGGAAGACCAUCUACAAGUACCCCGUCGGCAAGCAGCGUCUCGAGCCGCUCGGUGUCGUCAUCUUUUCCGUCCUCAUGAUCGCCUCCUUCGUCCAGGUCUUUAUCGAAUCGGCCAGUCGUCUACGUUCCGUUCUGUCGACGGGCCAACAGGAUCCGGACUCGGCAGCCAGCCUUCCCUUCAUCGGUGUCGCAUUCAUGCUGGCUACCAUCGGCAUCAAGACCGUCAUGUGGCUUCUCUAUCGCUCGUCCAAGUCGUCCGGAGUGCGAGCCGUGGCGCAAGAUGCCGAGAACGACGUCGUGUUCAACAUUGCCUCGCUCAUCUUUCCCAUCGUCGGAUCCAAGCUAGGAUGGCCCGCGCUCGAUCCCAUCGGCGGUGUGUUGCUGUCGGUGUACAUCAUCUACGAGUGGAUCGAGACCCUGUGGGAGACCGUCUCUAAGCUAUCUGGUGCUGUCGCUUCGGCCACCGAGAUCUCAAAGUGCCUCUACUGCGUCGUGCGCUUCAACUCGGUCAACAGCGUCUCGGCAUUUGAGCUCUUCCACUCGGGUGACAAUCUGAUUGUCGAGGCUGACAUUGUGCUGCCGCACUCGAUCUCGCUCAAAGAGUCGCACGAUCUUGGCGAGAUCAUCACCUACUGUACCGAGAACAUCUCGGGCGUGGAACGUUCCUAUAUUCAUUUAGAUUACAACCCUAAGGGCCAAGCAGGACAUCUCACGCAGCGGGGAUAG